UGCACAAUUAUCUCCGUGGGGGCUACUACAUUCUGUGACUCUAUCGAUAAGCGCAAAAAUAAACGAUAAGUAAGGCUAUAUAAGAAGGCGCGAAAUUGAAUGCGUUAUUCUUUUUGGACAAAGUGAUAUUUAAAAUCAAUCGGGGCAUGGCAUUCAUACGAGGCUUUGGAUUAUUUUUAUUGGCACUUGUAAGUGUACAAUGUCAGCACAAUCCUCAUUUUUGGGCUGGUCACAGCGGAAUCGUGCAUCUCUUCGAGUGGAAGUUCUCCGACGUUGCGCUGGAGUGUGAACGGUUCCUUGGGCCACGAGGUUACGGAGGAGUCCAGUUGUCUCCAGUCAAUGAGUACGUUAUCGUUCAACGCGGGUCGACUAGACCAUGGUGGGAGCGCUACCAGCCAGUGUCCUUUAAGAUCGUGUCCCGAUCGGGGAAUGAGCAGGAUUUUCUCGAUAUGGCGCGACGGUGCAAUGCGGUUGGGGUGAGAUUGUACGUGGACAUUAUCAUCAACCACAUGGCUAUGCAUCCUGGUGAUUAUGGAGAUGGUGUGGGUCACGGAGUGGGUGGUUCGACCUCGGUUCCGCGCGAUCGGGAUUUCCCGGCUGUUCCGUUCAGCAGCUGGGAUUUUAAUCCAUCUUGUCAGAUUAGCGACUGGAACAACGCCAUUGAGAUAAGAAAUUGUGAGCUGUUUGGAUUGCCCGACUUGAAUCAAGGUCUGCCGUGGGUGCGCGAUAGAGCCGUCGAGUUUUUGGACCAUUUGAUCGAUCUUGGCGUUGGUGGUUUUCGCGUUGAUGCGGCUAAGCACAUGUGGCCGCAAGAUAUGGAGAUCAUUUUCAAUCGGUUGAAGAAUUUGAACACCGGCUUUGGGUUCGCUGCUGGGUCGCGGGCAUUCAUGAUGCAAGAAGUGAUCGAUAAUGGUCCUCACGAAGUGGUCCGCAAGUACGAGUACAUGCACCUCGGAACUGUGACGGAAUUUAUGUACUCGUACUACGUGGGUCGUGCCUUUGGCGGAAAUGAUGCACUGGUUUGGCUGCAGAAUAUUGGUGAAGACUGGGGUUUGCUGCCGUCGAUCGAUGCGUUGGUGUUCAUUGAUAACCAUGAUAAUCAACGCGAUCAUGCUUUGACCCAUAAAUCGCCCAGAGCGUACAAAAUGGCGACGGCAUUCGCUGCUGCAUUUCCAUUUGGCCAGCUUCGUAUUAUGAGCUCGUUCUUCUUUGAUGAUCGAGAUCAGGGACCUCCGGAGGAUAUCAAUAACAACAUAAUUUCACCAUCGAUCAACCCGGAUGGAAGCUGUGGCAAUGGAUGGGUUUGCGAGCACCGUUGGCGCCAGAUUGCCAACAUGAUCCGGUUCCGGAACGUUUGCUGGGGUACUCCGAUGGUGAACUGGUGGUCCAACGGAAACAACAAGAUCGCCUUUGGUCGUGGAAAUUGCGGAUUUGUUGCGUUCAACAACGAGGGUCAACAGGACAUGUUGGAAGUCCUCCAGACUGGUCUGCCCGGUGGAGUGUAUUGUGAUGUUAUCUCGGGUGACAAGGUUGGUAACACUUGCACUGGCAAGAGUAUUCAGGUUCUGGCCGAUGGUCGUGCUUCUAUCAACAUCAACCGAGACGCCGAGGAUGGCGUAAUCGCGAUCCAUUUAGAGUCACGCCUCUAAACCAGUGCCCAACUGAGCUCUUCAAAGACGUCACAAUUGUACUGGAACCACAAAUCCGCGCACAAUUUCGAACAGAAAAGAACACUUAGCACCACGAGGCGAGCUUGCUUUUUCCUGAAAAACCAUACAAAAUGUACAUGUAACUCGUGAAAUCAAUAAAAAAUAACUACCUUUUAACCAAACCGAGAA